GGAGGGACGGUGUUCUAGGUGGCUCUCUGAACUAGCCUUUUGCCACUGGCUGGCCACAGGGCGGAAGAGAAAAGUCCAGGACAAAGCCCUCUGGGAGACUGGGUCCAGAGGAGAAGCCCAGUGUGGGACGCCCAACAGCGAAGUCAAGAACAUUGCCCCCACCUCGGGGACAAACUGAGGCUGGAGACCAGGAUUUAAGGAUCAUUUGAGAUGUCGGAUUCCCUGGUGGUGUGUGAAGUGGACCCGGAGCUAAAGGAAAAGCUGAGGAAAUUCCGUUUCCGAAAAGAGACCAACAAUGCAGCCAUCAUAAUGAAAGUGGACAAAGCCCGGCAGAUGGUGGUGCUGGAGGAAGAAUUCCAGAACAUUUCCCCAGAGGAACUUAGGUCGGAGUUGCCAGAGAGACAGCCCAGGUUUGUGGUCUACAGCUACAAGUACUCGCAUGCCGACGGCAGGGUGUCCUACCCUCUGUGUUUCAUCUUCUCCAGCCCUGUGGGCUGCAAGCCUGAGCAACAGAUGAUGUACGCGGGGAGCAAAAACAGCCUGGUGCAGACGGCGGAACUUACAAAGGUGUUUGAAAUCCGCACCACAGAAGACCUCACCGAGGCCUGGCUUCAAGAGAAGUUAGCUUUCUUUCGUUGACCAUUGAGCCAGGGAUUUGAAGUCCUUAUGUCUGAAGACCCAGACUCCUAGGAUAAUGAACAUCCAAGAUCUAAAUAAAGGUUAAAAAUUCAGGAA